UUUGAAUUUAAUUCCCAAAAUCAGCAGUAAAAUAUUGUGAAUAACAACGGAGCCAUGGAUUUAAUGCCUUCAAUCAGUUACCUUCUCCUACUACUAGUGGUCAUCAUAUCCACACUCAGCCGGGUCUCAGCCAUACCAGCAAGACCAAGAAGUGGUCUGCUCGAUAGCCUGAAAACUGGCUACUACUACAUUGAUGAUGGUGUCAUUACAGCCAUCUCGCCGGAUACCUUGAUAACCAUUGCCAGGGAUUCAUCAAGACCACCGCCCGGCAAGAGACGCCAGGAUACGGAUGUCUCAGCCGAUGGACAAUCGGCAAAUAGCGUAAAAUUCAAACCUGUUGUCCGUUACAAGCAGACCAAAACAAAACGCAAGAAGUUGUUUGUUCCCAAUUUCUUUGGAUAAGCAAGCGCAGCAAUGGGAGUCGAUAGGGUUGGGUUUUUAUUUAUAUAAAUUUAAAAAAAUACAUAUUUUUAAGCAUUUAUAAGACUGUAGACUGACAGAGGUCUAAAAUUGUUAUAGCUUUUAACUGCCAGCAUAGCUAUUAUAAAUUAUUGGAAUUAGUUUUAGGGACAAAUUUUGCCAUAGGUUUAUAAGAUUUAAUGUAACAUUUUUCUAUGUAAGAUGUUAAAAUAUU